ACGCCCAGCUUGCAGGGUGCUGAUUGGGCGUGGCUCAGUCGGGGGAGGUCGAUUGGGCGUGGCGUGCGUGAGUGAAGGCGUGGCCGAGAAGAGGAACUUGUGCUCUGGGUCAGACUCGGUAGUCUCCGAUAAUCCUCGACAAUUUCCGGCAACGGUCUCCUGCUCCGCCGGUUGUUCUCGGGGUUUUCCGGCCUCCUUCGGGCUUUUCCGUCUGGCUCCCGCGCGGAUCUCUCCACUUCGGGUAUUUCCGUGUCCCGCUCGGAGGUGCUCGGCAAUCGCUCGGCCGCCCCCAUCCCCCGGUAACGGUCGCUGGUGAGUUUAAAUGAGCCGGGGCUGGCCGGGCCGGAGCCGCUACGGGGGGGGCCUGAGGCACUGCAGAAAGUGGGUUUGAGCCUGAAGGAUGACGGUGCUGCAGGAACCCGUCCAGGCUGCUAUAUGGCAAGCACUAAACCACUAUGCUUACCGAGAUGCAGUUUUCCUCGCAGAACGACUGUAUGCAGAAGUACACUCAGAAGAAGCCUUGUUUUUAUUGGCAACCUGUUAUUACCGCUCAGGAAAGGCAUAUAAAGCGUAUCGACUCUUGAAAGGACACAGCUGUACAACACCACAAUGUAAAUACCUGCUUGCGAAAUGUUGUGUUGAUCUCAGCAAGCUUGCAGAAGGGGAACAGAUCUUAUCUGGUGGAGUGUUUAAUAAACAGAAAAGCCAUGAUGAUAUUGUUACUGAGUUCGGUGAUUCAGCCUGCUUUACUCUUUCAUUGUUGGGACAUGUAUAUUGCAAGACAGAUCGGCUUGCCAAAGGAUCAGAAUGUUACCAAAAGAGCCUUAGUUUAAAUCCUUUCCUCUGGUCCCCCUUUGAAUCAUUAUGUGAAAUAGGUGAAAAGCCAGAUCCUGACCAAACGUUUAAAUUAACAUCUUUACAGAACUUUAGCAACUGUCUGCCCAACUCUUGCACAACAGUAGUAUCUAAUCAUAAUUUAUCUCACAGACAGCCUGAGACAGUUCUUACGGAAACACCCCAGGACACAAUUGAAUUAAACAGACUGAAUUUAGAAUCUUCCAAUUCAAAGUAUUCCUUGAAUACAGAUUCCUCAGUGUCUUAUAUUGAUUCAGCUGUAAUUUCACCAGAUACUGUCCCUCUUGGAACAGGAACUUCUAUAUUAUCUAAACAGGUUCAAAAUAAACCAAAAACUGGUCGAAGCUUAUUAGGAGGACCAGCUGCUCUUAGCCCAUUAACCCCCAGUUUUGGGAUUUUGCCAUUAGAAACCCCAAGUCCUGGAGAUGGAUCCUAUUUACAAAACUACACUAAUACAUCUUCUGUAAUUGACGUGCCACCCACCGGAGCCCCUUCAAAAAAGUCUGUUGCCAGAAUCGGCCAAACUGGAACGAAGUCUGUCUUCUCACAGAGCGGAAAUAGUCGAGAGGUAACUCCAGUUCUUGUUGCACAAACACAAAGUUCUGGCCCACAAACAAGUACAACACCUCAGGUAUUGAGCCCCACUAUCACAUCUCCCCCAAAUGCACUGCCUCGAAGAAGUUCACGACUUUUUACUAGUGACAGCUCUACAACCAAGGAAAAUAGCAAAAAAUUAAAAAUGAAGUUUCCACCUAAAAUCCCAAACAGAAAAACAAAAAGUAAAACUAAUAAAGGAGGAAUAACUCAACCAAACAUAAAUGAUAGCCUGGAAAUUACAAAAUUGGACUCUUCCAUCAUUUCAGAAGGAAAAAUCUCCACUAUCACACCCCAGAUCCAGGCAUUUAAUCUACAGAAAGCAGCAGCAGAAGGUCUGAUGAGCCUCCUUCGUGAAAUGGGGAAAGGUUAUUUAGCUUUGUGUUCAUACAACUGCAAAGAAGCUAUAAAUAUCUUGAGCCACCUACCUUCUCAUCACUACAAUACUGGUUGGGUACUGUGCCAAAUCGGAAGGGCCUAUUUUGAACUUUCAGAGUACAUGCAAGCUGAAAGAAUAUUCUCAGAGGUUAGAAGAAUUGAGAAUUAUAGAGUUGAAGGCAUGGAGAUCUACUCUACAACACUUUGGCAUCUUCAAAAGGAUGUUGCUCUUUCAGUUCUUUCAAAAGACUUAACAGACAUGGAUAAAAAUUCACCAGAGGCCUGGUGUGCUGCAGGGAACUGUUUCAGUUUGCAACGGGAACAUGAUAUUGCAAUUAAAUUCUUCCAGAGAGCUAUCCAGGUUGAUCCAAAUUAUGCUUAUGCCUAUACCCUAUUAGGGCAUGAGUUUGUGUUAACUGAAGAAUUAGACAAAGCAUUAGCUUGUUUUCGAAAUGCUAUCAGAGUCAAUCCUAGACAUUAUAAUGCAUGUAGACAAUCUGCAUUACAAGAACUUGAAGAAUUGAAACAAAUUGUUCCCAAAGAAUCCCUCGUGUACUUCUUAAUAGGAAAGGUUUACAAGAAGUUAGGUCAGACGCACCUCGCCCUGAUGAAUUUCUCUUGGGCUAUGGAUUUAGAUCCUAAAGGAGCCAAUAACCAGAUUAAAGAGGCAAUUGAUAAGCGCUAUCUUCCAGAUGAUGAGGAGCCAAUAACCCAAGAAGAACAGAUCAUGGGAACAGAUGAAUCCCAGGAGAGCAGCAUGACAGAUGCGGACGAUACACAACUUCACGCAGCUGAAAGUGAUGAAUUUUAACUUCUGGAAAUCAGACUUUUACAACUGGAUGUGUGGCUAGUGCUGACAUGUUUCUUGUCCCUCCAUAUACUGAGUCUUCACUCUUGAGCCACAGUGUCGUCAUCCAUCACUUAUACCAUGAGUGUGCCACUUUCAUUGGACCCUGGCUGUACACAGAAUGAAAGGCAGUGCAAUAUUUAGCUGCUAACAAGACUGGCUCUUUCACCAGUAUGAAUGACAAUUUAGGGGGAUAGGGUGGGGAACUUUCUUUUCUUUUUUUCUUUAAUCUCCCUUUGUUGGAAAGCUAUCAUGGAUGGAAGAGUUAUGUUUGAUCUUGAAGGAACCAUUAGCUAUGGAAAAUAGUGAUGAACCAGAAUUUCUUGGUCAUUUUCCCCAAAAUUUGUUUUUAUUUGGUUCUGUUCCUGAUAAACAGAGUGACUGACCUUCAUUUCUAGGUUCUUCAAGAAUGGUGUUAGCAAGUGCCAGAUGGAACAAUAAAAGACAUUGCCUAUAACAGAAUAACUUGAUUGCCAAGGAAUGUAAAUUACCUUAAACUUGCAGUGUCUCCCAUAAGCAAAUGUAAUGGGCAUACUGGGACUCGUAUGUGGGAAUUAAAUAUCCCUCCAUACAGUGUACACUUAUUCUUGGCAAGAAUUCUAACCAAGAAUUUUAAUUUAUUCAUCUUGCUUCAAAGUGUUGAUCAUUGUUGUCUUGAUAUUGCAAACUUUAAAGUUGGUCCUUGCCAUAUUGCCUCUUCUUUAAGCUCUGUGGGAUCACCUUUAACAUUCAGAGAUGAUAAAGUGGUCACCCACUGAAAAGCGAAAAGUCCCUUAAUAACCAUUUAAGUUCACCGUAAGAAUCAAAAUGAGAACACUAGAGAGACUUUAAGAGAUCAUGAUAGUGAAAGCCUUAAUACAAUCAGAAUUGUACCAUAACCUUGAAUCUAUGUUUGUUCAAGACAGUAUCCCUUUGACGUUUCUAAGUGUUUAAGCAGGGUGCAAGAAUGUGUGGUCUCCUUUGGUUGAGGUCAUUUCCAUUCUUUUCAGCUCUCUCUGCUUCAGAUUAUUUUCAGUUAAUGUAAGUCACCAAAACAUUUACUGAGAGUGAUUGACUUUAGGAUAUUGGAAUUUUUGAGCUGCAAAAAAAAAAAAAAAAAAGUUGUUCUUAUGAAGGAGAUGAGUUCUUUCCUGAGUUUGUCAUAACAUAAGUUGGUGUCUUUGGGGAAUGGCCACAAUUUUAAAGACCUAAUUAUGCAUAAUAAAAUGGAAAUUAUUGGAAUUUCACAGUAACAGAUUUAAAGUCUUAAA